AUGACAAUCACAAACUAUCUAUCUAUCAAUCUGUCUGUUCCUAUCUAUUUGUCUAUUGUCUGUUUGUCUAGCUAUCUAUCUCAGUCUGGUCAUAUCUGUUUUAUCUGUCUAUCUAUUUUAGUCUGUUGCUAUCUAUCAAUCUCAGCCUGUUCAUAUUUACGGAUGCAUUUCUUUUGUCUGUUCAUGUAUGUCUCUCUCUUCCGUAUGUUCAUAUUUAUCUAUCUGUACCAAUCUGUUCAUAUCUAUCUAUCUAUCUGUACCAAUCUGUUCAUAUCUAUCUAUCUACCUAUCUAUCUAUCUAUCUAUCUAUCUAUCUCUAUCUAUCUGUACCAAUCUAAUGUUAAACAUAAAAAUGUCUUUAAUAAAUUGUCGGACUUUGUCCAUUUCUUAAUAUCUAUCUAUCUAUCUAUAUCUAUCUAUCUAUCUCAUUCUGUUCAUAUCUAUCUAUCUAUCUAUCUAUCUAUCUAUCUAUCUAUCUCAUUCUGUUCAUAUCUAUCUAUCUAUCUAUCUCAUUCUGUUCAUAUCUAUCUAUCUAUCUAUCUAUCUAUCUCAGUCUGCUCAUAUCUAUCUAUCUCAGAAGCGUUCACAUCUAUCUAUCUAUCUAUCUAUCUAUCUAUCUAUCUAUCUAUCUAUUUAUUUAUUUCAGUUUGUUCAUGUCUAUCUAGCAGUCUAUCUAUGUAUCUAUUUAAAUCUAUCUAUCUAUCUAUCUAUCUAUCUAUCUAUCUAUCUAUCUAUCUAUCCGAAUUUGUUCAUAUCUAUCUAUCUGUCUAUCCGAAUCGGUUCAUAUCUAUCUAUCUAUCUAUCUAUCUAUCUAUCUAUCUUAGUCUCUUCAUAUCUAUCUAUCUAUCCCAAUUUGUUCAUAUCUAUCUAUCUGUCUAUCCGAAUCGGUUCAUAUCUAUCUAUCUAUCUAUCUAUCUAUCUGUCUGUCUAUCCGAAUCGGUUCAUAUCUAUCUAUCUAUAUAUCUAUCUAUCUAUCUAUCUAUCUAUCUAUCUGUCUAUCCGAAUCGGUUCAUAUCUAUCUAUCUAUCUAUUUAUCUAUCUAUCUAUCUAUCUGAAUCUGUUCAUAUCUAUCUAUCUAUCUGUCUAUCCGAAUCGGUUCAUAUCUAUCUAUCUAUCUAUCUAUCUAUCUAUCCCAAUCUUUCAUAUCUUAUCUAUCUAUCUAUCUAUCUAUCUAUCCCAAUUUGGUCGUAUCUAUCUAUCCAUCCCAAUCUGUUCAUAACUAUCUAUCCCAAUCUGUUCAUAUCUAUCUAUCUAUCUAUCUAUCUAUCUAUCUAUCCCAAUUUAUUCGUAUCUAUCUAUCCAUCCCAAUCUGUUCAUACCUAUCUAUCUAUUUAUCUAUCUAUCCCAAUCUGUUCAUAUCUAUCUAUCCAUCCCAAUCUGUUCAUAUCUAUCUAUCUAUCUAUCUAUCUCAGACUUUCUUUCUAUCUAUCUAUCUAUCUAUCUAUCUAUCAAAGAUGA